UUCAAAAUCAAUGCUUUAGCCAAGUUAUUGAAUCGAGCGCGCUACGAAGUUGUUGAAAAUCGAAAGCGCUGUUUGCUGUUACUAAUGUGGCACGAUCGCUGUAGAGAUAACUGACUUGUGAAAAAUAAACGAAACAAUUAUCUUAAAAAUAAUAAAAAAAGAAAACGAAAUAAAAUGGAUAACAGAAACAAGUGAUUGAUCGGCAAUUAAAGUGUGAUUAGUGUUGUUGGUGUUGAUCUUUGAACGGUGUUCGUUGGUCGUUGAUCGUUGAUCUUUGCAGCAACAAAAUUUAAAGCAAGCAUACAUUUUAAUUUUUGUUUAGCAAAAAACUCAAAAAACCAUAAAGAGAAAAGUUUUUAUUUUUAAUAAUAAUUCAACUUCGGCGUGAGAUUUAACUCUGCGCCCGCUUGUGCUGCUUGAAAUACAUUCACAUAUUUUUACAAAUAAUUAACAAGAUGGCAUUUCAAAAACAACACUUCAUCAUCGGCAUGUGCUUGCUUUUGCUGCACUCUGCUGUUACCGUUACUUCCGCCAAAGCUGACACUAAGGAAGCGGUGAAGGCGACUCAAGAUGAUCAAAAGAAAGCUGAAUUUCCCGAAGAGGAUGCAGAUAUGCUAAUGGAGCCGAAUGACUUCACUCCCGUUACCGUCUUACGUUCACAAGAACAGCAAUUCCACGUGCCACCCACCUAUCACUUUCGCCCGUUACCAGCAAAUCCUCAUGUCGUGUCUCGUGCUGAUGUACAUCCCAACAUACCACAAUCAACGCCUGUUGACUCACAUACACAAGCUGCACAAAACUACUAUCCACCUUUCUUCCGUGAAGCACCGCCACUAGGUCACUCGCGUCCAUACUUUCCCAUACCCGAUAGCCCAGUUAUACCGAAAUUCGCAGCGCCACAUCCCGAACAAGUGCCACUAGGGCCAACACAGCGCAGUUUCGAUCCGACUAUUUUGGGUUCUGGUGAUUUUGGUGUACUGCGUGGCGGCACUUUCUAUCCCGAAGAGGAAAUGCCUUAUCACACCGAUGAGAAUAGUGAUUUCAACCAAUAUUAUGGAGAUGCGAACGGACAUGGACGCCCCUCGAACGAAGAGUUCGUGCAGAAAUACACUUAUCCCGAAGAGCAAUUUGCCGAUUUCCGUGAUUUCGCCGAUAUAAAUACGCCGGCAGAUUCGGCUUUCUCGCAAUUUGUUGUUGUUUAUGCGGCGAAAAACUCUACCAAACCUAGUACACAUCCACGUCCAAAGAACAUCUUUGAGCAGUUGGAGCUGCUGGAUCGUGAGAAAGAGCAAGAGGAGAAGGAGGAAAAGAAGCGACGAUCGAGCAAAUCCAAAUCGAAACUCUCCAAAACGAAAUUGCAAAAGAAAUAUAAGAAGAAGACGAGUCCGAAAGAUUUGGACUAUGAGCCGCUCUUAGCAUUAAGUUAAGCUGUUAGUGGUAGGGGUGGUUAAGCAAUUUGUAGUAUAUGACAUUAUUUAUAAAGUAAGUGAAAGAUUGCAAUAUGAUUAAAACAAAAACUAAGAAAGUAAAAAUGAAAAUCCAUGCGGAGUAGCGUGAAACCCUCUAAGCGAGCAUGGUAGUUAUCAUAAACAUUGUUUUCUCUCCUUUCAUCACAUUCACUGUACAAAAUAGUUUCAUAUUAGUUGUUGCUAACGGUUUAAAAAUGGAGUGCGCAUUUAAGGUGGGAAGUUGGCAGUAAAAAAUAA